AUGGUUAAGGAAACUCCAUCAAAGGUCGCUGCUAGUGCAUUAUCUGAUUUGGAACUGAAAGAUGCAAAAAAUUUACAGUCUUCUCUAGAAGCUUUGCCUGAAGGUAGCAGAGUACACGAGGCAAAGAGUAUCGAAGAAGAACAAAAGUCUUUAGAUUUGAGAUUGUCAAAGGCAGCUUUGGAGCACGCUCAAUUCUUGAAAUCUCAUCAAGUUCAUCGCCACAAGCUAAAGGAAAUGGAAAAGGAUGAACCAAUCUUGGUGGAAAACAAACGUAGAUUUGUUCUGUUCCCAAUCAAGUACCAUGAAAUUUGGCAAGCUUACAAGAGAGCCGAGGCGUCGUUCUGGACUGCUGAGGAGAUCGAUUUGUCAAAAGAUAUCCACGAUUGGAACAAUAGAAUGAAUGAGAAUGAAAGGUUUUUCAUUUCCAGAGUUUUAGCAUUCUUCGCUGCAUCUGAUGGUAUUGUAAACGAAAAUUUAGUCGAGAACUUUUCCGCAGAGGUUCAAAUACCAGAGGCAAAAUGCUUUUACGGUUUCCAAAUUAUGAUGGAAAACAUCCACUCAGAGACUUAUUCUUUGUUGAUUGAUACAUACAUCAAGGAUCCAAAGGAGAGCGAUUUCCUUUUCAAUGCAAUUGAAAAUAUACCACAGAUAAAAGAAAAAGCCGAGUGGGCAAUCAGAUGGAUCAAAGAUGAGGAUGCCAUCUUUGCCGAAAGAUUGGUUGCAUUUGCUGCAAUUGAAGGUAUUUUCUUCUCAGGUUCAUUUGCAGCUAUAUUCUGGCUGAAAAAGAAAGGUUUAAUGCCAGGUUUAACUUUUUCAAACGAGUUGAUAUGUAGAGAUGAGGGUCUUCAUACCGAUUUUGCUUGUCUCUUGUUUGCUCACUUGAAAAAUCAACCUGAGCCAUCAAUUAUUGAGAAGAUUAUCACAGAAGCUGUUGAAAUUGAAAAGAGAUAUUUUAUUGAUGCUUUGCCUGUAUCACUAUUGGGUAUGAAUGCUGACUUAAUGAAUCAAUAUGUUGAGUUUGUUGCUGAUAGACUAUUGGUUGCUUUCGGUAAUGAAAAGUAUUUCAAUGUUACAAAUCCAUUUGAUUUUAUGGAAAAUAUUUCUCUUGCCGGUAAGACGAAUUUCUUUGAGAAAAGAGUAUCAGACUACCAGAAAGCUGGUGUCAUCGCAAAAUCAAGUAAUCAAGAGUCUGAAGGUGGCGCCUUCACUUUUGAUGAAGACUUUUAA